GGCGGGCUGGCGGCUGGCGGCGGUCGCUGCGGCGUGGGGCCGCGCCCCGGAGGAGGUCGGCGGCGGCGGAACGGGCCCAGAUUCUGAAUUGUGCCUGCACAGAGUGCUGAGAUCAGCCCCUGGAAGCAGCUGCCAGGGCAGAGUAACCAGCAGCUAUGACGACAGAGACGGGCCCUGAUUCAGAAGUGAAGAACAUGCAGGAGGAGGCCCCACAGCAGCAGCAGCUGGAAGCAGCCACGCACGGCCCCACUGCCACAGCUGCUGGCAUUGCCAGCCGGGACGCUGAGGCCAGCGAGAAGCCUGGAGCACAGCCUGAUAGCCGGAACACAGAGCCGGGCACAGACAUGGAGGAGAAGGACUACAGCGAGACAGAUGGGCUAUCUGACAAAACAACGCCUAGCAAGGCCCAGAAGUCACCCCAGAAAAUCAACAAGAAAGUCAAAAGUGCUCUCUGCAGAGUGACCCUGCUCGAUGCCUCUGAGUAUGAGUGUGAAGUGGAGAAGCAUGCCCGAGGCCAGGUUCUCUUUGACAUGGUGUGUGAGCACCUCAACCUCCUGGAGAAGGACUACUUUGGCCUCACUUUCUGCGACUCCGACAGCCAGAAGAAUUGGCUGGACCCCUCCAAGGAGAUCAAGAAGCAGAUCCGCAGUGGGCCCUGGAACUUUGCCUUCACUGUGAAGUUUUACCCUCCUGACCCUGCUCAGCUCACAGAGGACAUCACAAGAUACUACUUGUGCCUGCAGCUGCGUGCAGAUAUCAUCACGGGGCGACUGCCCUGCUCCUUUGUCACGCAUGCCCUGCUGGGCUCCUAUGCUGUGCAGGCCGAACUGGGUGACUACGAUGCUGAGGAGCACGUAGGCAACUAUGUCAGUGAGCUCCGCUUUGCUCCCAACCAGACACGGGAGCUGGAGGAGCGCAUCAUGGAGCUGCACAAGACCUACCGGGGCAUGACCCCUGGGGAAGCAGAGAUUCACUUCCUGGAGAAUGCCAAGAAGCUCUCCAUGUAUGGGGUGGACCUACACCAUGCCAAGGACUCAGAGGGUAUUGACAUCAUGCUAGGAGUCUGUGCCAAUGGCCUCCUCAUCUACAGGGACCGACUGAGGAUCAACCGUUUUGCCUGGCCCAAGAUCCUUAAAAUUUCCUACAAGAGGAGUAAUUUCUACAUCAAAAUCCGCCCUGGUGAGUAUGAGCAGUUUGAGAGCACCAUUGGCUUCAAGCUGCCCAACCACCGCUCCGCCAAGCGUCUCUGGAAGGUCUGCAUAGAGCAUCACACCUUCUUCAGGCUGGUAUCUCCAGAGCCACCCCCAAAGGGCUUCUUGGUGAUGGGCUCUAAGUUCCGCUACAGCGGGCGGACACAGGCACAGACACGGCAGGCCAGUGCCCUCAUUGACCGCCCAGCCCCCUUCUUCGAGCGUUCCUCCAGCAAACGGUACACCAUGUCUCGCAGCCUUGAUGGAGAGUUCUCACGCCCAGCCUCCGUCAGUGAGAACCAUGAUGCCGGAGCAGAGGGUGAGAAACAGGAGGAGGAUGGUGAGUUUGGCAGUGGGAGACGAUCUGAGACAGAGGAUGAGGAGGUGACUACCCCGACGAAGAUCAAGGAGCUGAAGUUUUUAGACAAACCAGAAGAUGUUUUGCUAAAGCAUCAGGCCAGCAUCAAUGAGCUGAAACGGACCCUGAAGGAGCCCAACAGCAAGCUGGUUCACAGGGACCGGGACAGGAGGCUGCCUUCCUCGCCAGCCUCUUCCUCACCCAAGCAUGAGGAGGAGACGCCGAAGGGAACCCCAGAAAAGGCCAGCGAGAGAGCAGGCUUAAGGGAGGGCACCGAGGAGAAAGCUAAGCUGCCUCGGCACAGGGCUCCUGAGAGCGACACUGGCGAUGAGGAGCAGGACCAGGAGAAGGACUCAGUGUUUCUGAAGGACAACCACCUGGCCAUCGAGCGCAAGUGCUCCAGCAUCACGGUCAGUUCGACCUCCAGCUUGGAAGCAGAGGUGGACUUCACAGUGAUCGGUGACUUCCAUGGAACAGCCUUUGAGGACAUCUCCCGGAGCCUGCCCGAGCUAGACAAGGACAAGAGUGAGAUGGAAGAUGAAGGCCUGGUUUCCUUCCAGCAUACUGACAAAGUAGUUCCUGGAUUGGAAGAGGAUGGCAAAGUCAGGGAGAAGGUCACCCAGCCCAGCUCAGACAUCUCUCAGCUAGAGUCACCAGCCCCAAAAACGGAUGCUUUAACAGUCAGCCUGGGGCCAGGUACAAAGAAGACCGAAGAUGCCUCCGCUGCCCACCAGAUCAGCACCCCAGAAGCAGCUCAGGUGGAAGGAGGCAUGCCUGGCAGCGGAGAUGCAUCAGCCUCUGUUAGUGCUGUCACCACAGAGACCACGCCAACAACCUCAGAUAACACCACCAAGCCUGGGAAAGGGGCUGGCCCUACAUCAGAGCUUUGCUCUGUGUCACCGAUCAGCAGCAGCUCUGCUGGGAAGGAAGUGCUCACCAGCAUAUUCAGUGCCACUGCAGAAACCCUCUCCACUUCUACCACUACCCACGUUACCAAGACUGUGAAAGGAGGAUUUUCAGAGACCAGGAUAGAGAAGCGCAUAAUUAUCACAGGAGAUGAAGAUGUGGACCAGGACCAGGCACUGGCUUUAGCAAUCAAAGAGGCAAAACUACAGCAUCCUGACAUGCUGGUAACCAAAGCUGUGGUAUACAGAGAAACAGAACCUUUUCCAGAGGAAAGGGACAAGAAACCUCAGGAAUCUUGACCAACAUGUUCAUGAAAUCAGCAUCUGUAUUCAGACCUGGAGGACAGUGAAGAAGGAGCCUUCAUGCUGGAUUUGUCAGCAAAACAUAGACAUCCCGGCUGCAAUGUUCAUGGCUAGAGACAAAAAGUUUUUAAAAAAGGAAUAGCAAAUAUAUAUAUAUAUAUACAC